AUGACGGACAUAUACCAAGCCAUAGGCGAUUUGAGACAAUAUGUUGGUCCCAAUGAUUCUGAAUCUGUGGCUAAGCGUAGGAAAGUACAGAGUUCUCGUGAUUUCCGUCCUGGAAGUCUUAUGAAGUUGAAGUUGACCAAUUUCAACAACUACGGUAGUGGAGAGUUCAAUUUGUCUCCUUCACUCAACAUGGUUAUUGGUCCUAAUGGAUCUGGUAAAAGUACUGUAGUUUCUGCGAUCUGUUUGGGGUUGGGUGGAAAGAUUGAUCUUAUUAAAAGACAGACUCUUUCUUCCAUGAUUAAGAAAGGAAAGUCCACAGCUUCAACUGAAGUUACAAUCAAGAAUUUUGAUGGUCAACCUCCUAUUUUAGUUAAAAGAGAGUUCACGGCAAAAGAAAACCGUUGGUAUAUAAACCACAGGCCGGCCACAGAAGCCAAAGUUAAAGAGUUAAGAGCUAGGUUUAACAUCCAGUUGGACAAUUUAUGUCACUUUUUGCCGCAAGAGAGGGUAGCUGAAUUUGCUGGGAUGUCACAAGAGAAGCUACUUAUGGAAACAGAAAGAACUUUAGGUGAUGGCCAGUUGUACCGUCUUCAUGAGGAUUUGAUCAAGAACGAUACUCUGAGACAAGAUGUGACUACAAGAAUAGAAGAACUUGAAGAAAAGUUACUGAAAUUCAACGAAGAAAGAAGUAGACUAGAAGCAGAUAUAAAGAAGCUUGAAGAGUAUGAAGGAAAGACUCUAGAGAUAGAGCAACACACAAAGAUAAUUCCGUACGCCCAACUAUCUGAUCUCAAAAAACAGAGAGCAGAUUUAAAACGAGAGAGAGACAAAGCAAAAUCUAAAUUGUCGAAGUUUUUAUCUUCCAUGGACCCUUUGAAAGACCAGCAUAAAGAAAUAGAAACCAAAGUUGAAAUGGAAAAAGGACUAUAUUCCGAUAUAGAUGACAAGCAAAAGGAAAUACGGUCUAGGUUUAUCAAUAGAAAGGCAGAUUUAUCGAAAAUUAAGGAGGAAAUCGGAGGCUUGAAGUCAACGGUUGAGUCUUUGAAGAGUAAAUCGAUCAAAUUGCAGAAUCAAUUAAAGAAACUUGAAGAAAAAAGGCACGAAUUGAUUUCACAACGUGACUUGAUAGUAUUACCUGACAAAGAUGAGGUUGAAGGUUACAGAAAAUUGCGAAGGGAAGUGUCUGAAAAGAAGGAUGAAAUAGGAAGCAAGAUUGAAGACUUGGAGGACAAAAUUCAAGAAAAGCAAUCGUCACGAAAAGAAAUCAUGAACAAUAAGAAGCGAGUAGAGCAGAGUUUAAACAGUAAAGAUAGACUAAUGGUCCUUUCUCCAAGAGGGGGGCCGCCAAACUCUUUGAGGGAUGGGGCAUAUAAUGCACACAAGUUUCUCAGAGAUGAAGCUCAGUUAAAGGACCAUUAUUUUGAGUCGCCUGUGGUUUGUUGUACUGUAACAAACAAAACAAUGGCCCCACACUUGGAAAAGGUGAUUGACAACAAUACGCUCUUUUCAAUUACCACCACUAACAAACAAGAUUUCAGCAUGAUCUCUUCUUUUCAAAGGAAGAUGAAGAUAAAUUUCCCAAUUAGAUUAACAACCAACCUGGGUACACGAAAUCCACGUAUUCCCAAAGAAAGAUUAAAGCAAUGGGGGUUCGAAUGCUACUUGUCAGAUUUUCUUUCGGGUCCAGGGCCAGUGGUAGAUAUGAUAUAUGAUAUAUCAAAGAUUCAGGAUAUUCCCGUGAGUAGAAGUGGAUUAUCAGAAGAGCAGAUCGAACGAUUGACAAUGCUAGAUGGAAACGGGAGAUACCCUUUCAAGAAGUUUAUUUCUCAUGAUACUCUAUUUGUGUUGACUAAAUCGAACUAUGGUCUGAAUCAAGUUUCUUAUACUACGGAAAAGGUUACUGGAUCUAGAUGGUUCGAUUCAUCAGGAUUGACUCAAGAAGCUAAAGAUUUCAUGAAUGGUCAGUUACAGGAAUUUAAGGACAGGUACAACGUUUUAAAAGGCGAAGAAGAUGGAUAUCUUGUUGAGAAGCAAAGUCUCGAUUCAGAAAGUCGUAAACUUUCGGCUGAGCUUGAGAAAUAUAAAAAUAAAAUUCAGCAUUUCACCAAUGAAACGAAAAACAGGGCAAAAAUAGAAGGAAAGUUAACGGCUCUUGACGCGCAAAUCAAAAAGACAACAAAGGAAUCUACAGAAGACACAAGUGAACAAGUUGACGAAACCGAAGAGAAGAUCAAAUCAAAGUAUUUGGAUUAUUCAAACAAGUUAUCGGAGCUUAGUAUCAUUGGUAAGGAAUCUAGCGAUGUUGCUAUUGAGCUAAGUUUGCAAUCAUUUAGAGUGCUUCAAAUCAGAAACAGAGAGAUCGCGGCCCGGAAUCUAAUUGCUAAAGUAGAAGAACAACAAGUUUCAUUAAGAAAGGAGUAUGAAAGAUUGAAAGCAGAAUAUGACCAAAUUAAGAAGGGGGAUGCUGUUAAAAAGAUCGAAGAACAGAGUGCUUCGUACACUCCGGAAGAAAGAGUACUAUUGUCUAGGCUUGCCAAGGCAUAUAUGGAUGCUGGUAACUUCUCAGAACAGGUGAUAAGAGACAAAAUACUGCUUUUAGAAGACGAGCGGUCUGUGAUGGCUACUGCUGAUGUGAGUUCCAUCGAAAGAUUACGGAGGACCUUGACUGAAAUUGAUUCACUCGAGAAGACUCUUCCAAGGUUGAAGGACGACAAGUCUAAAUUGGACAAAAGAAUUAGUGAUAUUCAAGAAGCAUGGGAACCAGAGCUAACUAAGGCAAUUCGGAAUAUUUCAUUAGCAUUUAACAAGCGAUUCUCCAGAGUCGCAAGCGAUGGACAAGUAGAAUUAGCCAAAGCAGAAAGAUUCAAAGAUUGGAAAUUGCAAAUUCUAGUUAAAUUUAGACAAGAGUCAGAGCUAAAGGUUUUGGACCACCAAUCACAAUCUGGAGGGGAAAGAGCAGUAACAACUAUCUUUUUCAUGAUGUCUUUGCUGGGAUUAACAAAUUCUCCAUUUAGAGUUGUGGAUGAAAUCAAUCAAGGGAUGGAUCGAAAGAAUGAAAAGAUGGCUCACAGGUACUUGGUGGACACGGCCUGCCAUAGUUUGAGUUCACAGUAUUUCUUGGUCACUCCCAAGCUUUUGACAGGUCUCUAUUAUCAUCCUGAAAUGGCAGUUCAUUGCAUUUAUUCUGGUCCUUUGGUCGACGGAACAGAUAGAGGAAAUAAGGAACCUGAUUUCAUGGACUUCAAAGCAAAUUCAUUAGCGCAGAAAUCUAUAUAUACAUGA